AAUUUACUUGCAGUAAAUGAGCGGCGGCAUGAGGCUAUUCUAUAUAUACCAUUGGCCUUGUCAAUUCGUGAUCUUCGUGAAACUAUAGUGGAAAGAUUAAAGACUAUUUAUGGUAACCCUUUACCUUCUGAUAUUAAUAUUCCAUCAGAUGAAUGGAUUCAUCUUCAAUUUUGUCCCACAAAUAUUACUACAACGAGGGCUAUGUAUUAUACUGGCCGAUUUAAUGUAAAAUUUAAAGUACAAGCUCAGAUGCUUCAAAAAAACAGUGAAAAUGCACAUUAUUGUGCUGCACUUUUCCACUAUCUUAGAGAAUUCUGUGAAGAUGUUGCAGUUUAUACUAGUGUACGAAAUCGAUGUUCUAUGGUUGCACAAGAGAGCAAUUUGGCUGCUACCGAUCAUGAUUUCGCAAAACUAUCUUUAACACUAUCG